AUGAAUAUAACAAACGGAGGUACUGUACGAAAGUUGUACUACGAUGAUGAGACAGGAGAAAUAAUAACCUACGAUGUUAAUGAUGAAACUGGUGAAUUGUUACUUGAAAGUAAAUCGGCGCCGUUUGAAAACGUAAGACAACCUCUUGAUGCACGUGAACCCGAGGCCAAGUACAUGAAGUUCCCUCGCGGUUACAUGAGCAAGACGAAAAAGUUUCAGUUAUUAAAAGCAAACAUUAUAGCUGGUUCCAAUAGAACAAGCCAUCGUUUGUUAUUGAUACCUACUCUGAUGAUAUUUCCUGGGCUCUUUUGCGUGAUACUUAUGGUACUUGAGGUGUUCUUGCAUGUGAGGUGCCACAAGAAAAAUAAAAAGCUCAAAGAUCCAAAUCUCUAUUACCGCAGUCCUUUCCAUGUAGUCACAAGCACUUUUUGUGGGGUAUGUCGGGAUUGUGAUACAGCUUCUAAGAUUGGACAGUUGCAAGAUCAGCGCCGUGACCGCUAUGAUUAUUUCAGAGAUUUGUAUAGUACACUGCAGUUGCGCAGGACGCACGAAACGAACGACCCUUUCCUCUGCGGCCACUGCAGUGACCGGACGUGUCCCGAGUGCUGCCUGUCUUCUCGUCCUGGUGCUGAACAGCCACACCUGAAGAGAUCGUCUACACCCAAGGCGAUGCAUUUGAGAGGGAAGGAGGCCCCAACGGGGCCGGAGCGCAAUCGUCCACCUGAGAGCGCAGUGAAAAACAUAAACACCCAAACGGGCAAUUUACUGAAAGACCCAUGGGGCAGCCUUUGCUACAUUCGCCAUGUUGUUAUAACAGAGAAAACACAAAUAUCUGCAAUCUACCCUUUUCCCAAUACCCUACGAGACAGCUUUCCCUACGACUCUGGCUACGAUAAAAUGGAUCUUAUGAACUCACAGUGGAAUCUCUACUAUUACUUCGGUUUGCUACUGAUUAAGAUAUUUGGAGCUUCUUUAUGGGCUUCCAUAUGA